AUGACUUCGGAUCGGCAGCGCUUGAUGAUGAUGACGAGAUGCCGAGUGGAGCCGGACGGGAAUGGACACGGCGUGUGAGUGAGAGUGGAGAGGGACUAGAAAAGCUCGGCUGAAACCAGUCCCGAGUCCCACACCACGCCACUUCGCCCUUCCCGAAUCCUGCCCAGAAGCAACGAUGUCUGGAACCAAACCUCCGACUAUCAUCUUGACAGGUGGCUCUCGUGGAAUCGGCCUGUCGUGUCUCAAAUUCUUGCUCCAAUCGCCUAUCCGAGCCAACGUGGUCUCUCUAUCAAGAUCCUUUCCUCCUGAAUUGCAAGAGUUGAAGAAGUCUUAUGAGCAAAAUCUCCAAGUCAUUCAAGGAAACGUAGCUAAGGAUGAAGAUAAUAAAUUGGCGGUUGACACUGCUAUCAAAUCGUUUGGUUCGAUCGAUGGAUUAAUCUUAAAUUCGGGGAUAAUCAAAUUUGAGCGAAUCGACGACCCAAACAAACCGUCGAUCGAAGCCUGGAAAGAGGUCUUUGAUGUCAACUUUUUCUCCUUGGUUUCGAUCUUGAAGCAUUCCUUGGUCCAUCUCAGGAGCUCCAACGGAAGAGUCGUGUUUGUUAGUUCUGGUGCUUCCGUUGGUGGGAUUGCCUCUUGGGGAAGCUAUAACACGAGCAAGGCGGCGAUGAAUUCACUGUGUCGAACACUAGCCAGCGAAGAGCCAACAAUCACUUCGAUCGCGCUGAGACCAGGAGUAGUGGAUACGGAAAUGCAAGUCCAACUCCGAUCUGAAGCCAAAGAAGUCAUGAACCCGCCGAACUUCAAACAUUUCAACGGUCUCUACGAGUCGUCGAAGCUGCUCAAACCGGAAGGCCCGGCCGAAGUGAUCAGCAACCUAUCGAUCCGAGCCGAGCAGAAGUUGAGCGGCCAAUUCCUCAGUUGGGAUUCGGAAGAACUAGCCGGCUAUCGAACACAAUCAUAACUUGAACAUUGUCUAAUACCUCUACCUGAGUUUCGAGCACUAGGACUUUCAAUAGUCCUUGCAUGUACAUAGUCCAUUUUUUUGUUAGCCAUCUGCCUCGAAACUACUGUCCAUGAUCGACAUUUAUCCUCAGCUGCACGAAUCAGCAGCAGGACCCCAAUACCUUUCGCAAGACAUUGAUUGAUU